AUGAAUGUUCUCAGCAAGGUUCCCCUUGGCAUCCUGACGAUUGUUGGUUUUGCUGGUUCCAGCAAAACUGACUUGAUGGCGACAACGAUCCUGCUUGCGAUGGGUGUAGGGCCUGUCAUUGUCUGUACACCGACCCACGCUGCUGCCAGCAAUAUUGCCGCGCGUGUGAACAAGCUUGCUUCACUCGCCUACGGGAAAGUCGAGGAGCCAAUGCCGGUUGUUGUCCGUGGAUUCUCGUGGAAAGUCGAUGAGCUACGUGGCAAGACCUACGCCCUGGGGGGAGGACCGGUUGAUGCAACUCAUGACAACUGGGAACAUCCACUGUCUAUGGUAGACUGGAUGCAGAGAGUCUUGCGCCCUGAGAAUCUCAAGCCGGGCAUUGUCAAGCCAGCGUCAUACGAGCUGGCCAAGGACGUGGAGAAGGAUACCAAGAUCGUGAAUCUCAAGGACACCCUCCACAACCAAAAGGGAUGGACUGUUGCCCACAGUCAGGCCUUCCGAGACCUUGCGACCCGGAUUUUGGAGGUUGCUGAUACCGUGCGUUGCACUACGCACGCAUCUACCAAGCGCAUUCUUGCAGACUGGGCACGGGACAAGGCACAGUCCACGUUCCUUGGUGAGGCCAGUGCCAUCUCGAUGCCUGAAGCGUUGGUCCCCUGGUUCAACGGGAGACCUCUUGUUCUUGCUGGGGAUGUUCGACAACUGCCGCCUUGCGUGAUGAACCUUGGACGGAAGAGCUGGACAGGCGGCCCCCUCAACUUCUUCGACAAGCAUCAAGAGAUCUCGCGCCAGAACCGCAUCGUCAAUGGGGGGUUCGAUCUGGCAAGAGAGAUCUUCUACCCGGAGCUUGGCGACAAGUUUGAAUACGGCCACCAAUGGGCCGUUAGCAAACGACCCGGUGCUUCUCAACUCGAAAGCUGGGUACGUCGGCGGUUCCCCGAGAUCAAGCCCUCUCCAACGGGAAAGAUCUGGCCCGUCUUCAUCGACUGCCAAGAUAGCGUUGGCGCUGAUGGAAACGCUGAUCAAGGCCUAGGGACCAAGUUUAUGGUGGUUUCGCCCUACAGGGCUACCAAGGCCUACCUCGAGGGGCUUAUCUGGCAGCGGCUGGAUAAGAGCACCAAGGACUCUGCCUUUUACAAGGGCCUUUCCAAUGUCCAGGUCAGCACCGCCAACUCCUUCCAGGACAAGGGAACAGGUGUGGCAAUCUUCUUGACUACGGCCACCCAGGAGUCAGGCCCGGGAUUCGUCAAAGAUGCUCGGCGAUUCAAUGUUGGUGUAAACCGCCAUGUUGACUUUCUGUUUGUGGUUGGUGAUAUCACUACGAUGGAACCCGUCAAGGAGAGCAAGGAAGAGCUCAUGGUGUCUGAGCAGGGAGGACGGGUGCUGGCAAGUGGCAACAUGAAAGGUUAA